AUGGCAGAAGCAGAAGAGAGGAAAUCCCCAGCACACAGGUUGACUUUGCCACCACUCACUGAUGAGGACAAGAAGAAGAAGAAAGGGGAGAAAAACAAGCCAGAGACAUCGUCAUCCCAGGAGAAAUACACAAGUUUUACUGAGAGGAAGUUAGAACUCAGGAAGGCUGAACUAGCUAAAAUGUUGGAAGAGAUCAAAAUGACCACAGAUCUGACCAAUCUGCAGAAAAAUGCCAUCGAGGAGCUGAAGCAGUGCAGCGCCUGCCUGGUAGAGACCAACUGCUGGCUGGUGAAGGGCAUCCAGCACACGGAUGACAGCACUGCCAGGCAAGCCAGGAGCCUGCUGCAGCAGUAUGAAGUGUUUCAGAGGGAGAAGGUGAUAUUGCAGACCUCCAACCAGAACCAGCUGGAUGCAGCAAGGGCAGAGCUCCAGGAAAUGGAGAAAACAAUGGAAAAUAAUCUGGGAAAGCUACAGCAGGAGCUGGAUAAAGUCACAUCAAAGGUCCAAGUUCUCCAGGACGAGCUCAGCGUCCUGCGGCCCUACAUCGACGGGCAGUAUCCAGAAGGAGCUGUCCACAUAGUCCUUCUGCAGAACAACAUCCAGAGCCUGAAGAAGCUGAAGAAGGAGGAGACAGAGAGGACAGAAGAACUGGUGAAGGCUUCCUUGGAGGAAGUGAAAGAGAAGGCGCAGGAGGAACAAAAGACACUACUACAGAAAGUCGUGGAGGAGAUGUUGCUGCACCAGGAUGGCCUGAAGCAGAUGGUGAUAAACAACCAUGCUCUGCGAUGUAACAUACUGAGGCAAAAGAAGGUGAGUGAGGACCUGGAGAAGGAUAUUGGUGAGCUGAAGAGAAGCAUCCACACGCUCCGCCAGAGUGCGAGAGACCCAAGAGAGCUGAUCUUUGCUGACGUUGUUCUCUGCAGACCGAAGUGCACGCCAGACACCGAGGUGGUCCUCAACAUCCCGGCCAAGGGGACGCUGCUCAGCUGA